GGAACCGAAUUCAAGAUGGCGGACACCGAAACGAACGACGAUUUCAGUAGUACCUCUUUAAACGAUCCUGAUGAUGUUGAUAAUAGGUUUGUUAGUUAGUAUAUUUCUAUUUUGUCUCAUGAAAUAUUCAGCCCACAUUUUGCUGUUUUUUUUUCGUAGAAGAUAUUUCAAAAAUGCAUUAAAUUGACAAUAACUGUUUGUUUACGGCGAUAACACGGAUUUGUUUUAAAUUUGCAGCGAUGAAUUGUCAGCACUUACAAGUGAGGUUGUCAGUGGUGUGGAAUCCAUUAGCAAAUCUCUUUCAAAGUUGGGUGAGUAUUUUAAAAUGAAUCCUUGUCGCCUGUUCGUCGGGUAGAGAUCAGCCAUGUCCUCAGCUGAAUACAAUGAACUCCGGCCAGUACAAUAUUGCAUUGACUGUUCUCGCUGUUUAACCGACAAGGGGUAUUGUUGAGAACGCUUAACGCCGAGCGCCGAACGCCGAAUGACUCUAACCUUUACUGAUUAUGGUUAGGAAGCCCCCCACCACCCCGGGGUUGGGGGGGUUGGAGAACUGGGUGGCACACUCCCACCAGUUAUUUCUAGGGGUUCCUCCUCCCCCUUCCCCUCGGUAGGAAACUGAUAGGUCAAGUUUAUAUGGGGCAAACUGAACUGGAUGUUGACUCACUCAGUUUCACAACCCUACUUACUAGACUUCACCAUCAUUUGACGUAAUGUGGCUGUUCAGUAUUCUGCAAACUGCCUCUGCUGCUGUUUAAAGAAUAAAUGGUUUUAUUGCUUAUCUAUAAAUUAUGGACAGCCAGUACUAGACACGUACCUUUAGACAAGCUGUCUUCUGCAGUCCCAAAGAUAUAGUGGAGGCUUGGUGAGUUCAUGCUUGCCAACCUGCAGGAACUGGAAAACUCUAGAGAUUUUGAAAAAGGUGGCCUAGAAUCUCGGAAAUCACAGAAUAAAAGGAAUCAGAAGAAAGUUAGUGCUGACUCCUUUACAGGUCUGAUGACUGAUUAGUGCAUCGUAUCACCACAUAUUUUAAUGUAACUGUAUUCAUGGUUUGUUAGGUGCCAAUGAACCUCAGUAUCACUGGAAGGAUAUUACAGAUGACUUUACAGCGGCAUCAGAUGGUAAGGAAAGUAGACUGUUUACAGAGAAACUCAUCUCCUCCCAAACCAUCCCCCGCCUCUAAGUUGAUUUGAUAUCCCUUCCCAGGCUAGACUCUAGAUUGAAAUGAUUAUUUUACUGCAUAGUCGCAGGUCGCGCACAAUAGUGGGGCCUUCUUUCAAAAGUUGCAUGUGUAGUACAUGACUGGAUGAAAGGAUGGAUGUAGAGGGGAACGCAGGGGUGCAUCCCCCUUCUUUCACCAGAUACGCUUCCCCCUACACAACUUGCCAAAUAUCCCCAAUCAAAAUCUUGGAUCCACCCCUAUCGUAGCCUAUACAUGGCCCUACCCUUCCUUUAAAGAAAGAAAAAUGGAAAGAAGAACUGUUUUUCUGCUUUGAGAAUGAAAGGCACAGUUUCAUGUAGUCUACUCCUUUAGCCUGUACAUGUAGCAUGGACCCUUCUCGUACAUGCUGAAUAAAACUGAAUUUUGUUUUUUGGCCCUUUUCAGAGUUGAAGCUGGGCGAACUUGUCCACGACAAUAUGUAAGUGAAUUUUUAAAGUGUACACUUUCAUGGACUUACUUACCCGUAAACUUUUCUAAGCCUUGCUUAUACCAGCAGAGAGAGACAAUGUUAACACUCCCUGUCAUUAAAUGAGAACAUCACAUUGCAUGUCCUACGAGUACAACAUUUAAAUCAACUAUCCCUCAACAUCAGUCAGCAUAAGGCGUUCCUCUUGAAAAAUGAAUUUAGCUUACAUCAUGGUCACUUUGGUUUUUCAAAUUUUCUCUUUCUUUGUGGGUGUGAUUUUAGAUUUGGCUUGUUUGAAGCCAUGUCAGCAAUUGAAAUGAUGGACCCUAAAAUGGAUGCAGGAAUGCUCUGCAACAAAGCCAAGAAAGUUCUUCAAUUUGAGCCUGCAGUAAAGGCAAGUUGUAUGUGUUAAUGGUAGAUGUUACAGUGAAGAUAUAUAGAAUACUUCAUGGAGAAUUUGCGUUUAAUAUUAUGGUAUUUAUGCACGAGAUGUCAACAUAUCACAAGGGAACUACAAGCUGCAAGCACCUAUAAAAGGCGGGAAAUUUGGCAUGAAACUCAUGAACCAAUGUGGCUUUUGAUUGGACGUAUCGUUUUUCUCCACGUGAAAAAAAAAAACAUUGUUUGCAAUUCUGGUUGGAGAUAUUACUUUUUUUACAUGUGAAAAACAUCAUUUGCUCCUCUGAUUGGCUAGAACACACUUGUGUUGGAAAAUUUAUGACAUAGCUUUUUUGGUGAGUAUUUCUCAGUAGGUAUAUAAUAGACUGUGGUAUAGUCCAUGAUUUUGCCUCCACUUGCUCCUUCAGUCUAGUUAGUUUCCCCUUCAACCCAGUUAGGGACAAUGUGUGUGUCUCUGCUUGUGGCUGUUUAUGAUGCAUUUCACAAACCUAUUGAUUUGUUGUCAUUGUAAAGGAAUAAAUAUUUGUUUAAUGUUUUUAGGCUGGGUUAGUAAAAAUUAAAAACUUCACACCUGAAGAACUUAUAGGUAUCAUGGAUGAGUUGAAUUCCUGCUUGGUGAGUUUAGCAAGAAUUUUUGGCUAUUAGCUUAAAUAUUACUCCAUUCUCUAGAAUGAAUCCAUGUUCAAAAAUCAUGCUUGGCCUGUACCAGAAUAUUCAGUAAAUACACUGUGAAUGGAGCCAGUCCAUUUCUUAAAAUACAAAAUGUACAUCUUUCAAGUGAUUGCAAAAUAAAUUCCUGAAUACUCUAUUCCACGAACUAAUUUCCUGAUUUGUAUUGGUUUAUUUGUGUGGCUUGUACUUUUAAAUGUAUGCUUUAUUGGUAGGAAGUUGCCUAUAUCUUGUUACACACCAAAACAGCAAGCAAGGCCGAAGUUACAGCGAGGGUGCCCCUCUAAUAAGACUACCCUUUUAUCAGUAGCACCUGUGCACUUCUUCCUUAUAUGUCAAUCUUUUCUAGCAAUGAUGGUCAUCUUGCUUUCUUAUAAUGUUAAAUUAACCUGUAGGCCGGUCAUCACUGCUGUACAGGACAUUCCCUUCUCCAUGUUUACUCUACAAGCCAGGAAAUCUCUGCGGUUCACCAGUGUGAAUACAAGUUCCUGUACAGGCUCUGUAGACUGGCAUUUGCCCAUUCAAUUAUUUAACUACACUGUAUAAUUUCAUUGUCACAUUCUUUUGUUUUGUUUUUGUUUUUUAGCUUUCUUUAUGUGUACCAUUUGUUUAUACGUUGUUUGCGUAUGUCAGCAUUUAUUUAAUUGGCACUUUAGAAUAUGUAUAUACCAUAGCUUAUUUUAAGCACUUAUGUUAAUUAAAAUAUCUGUAUCUUUUUCUUUCUCAUGUUUUCAAUGUUGACAGGUGACUUGGCUUGAUGGACAUUCAUUGGUGCAGACGGUGUUUACAUGUCUCUACAUGCAUAAUCCAUUUAUCAUUGAAGAUCCUUGCCUUAAGGUUAUCUUACAAUACAGAUUAAUGAGGUCCUGCUAGGGCAAAAUUCCGACAAGUGACAUGGCCUUGAAACAACGACAUAUGACUGGAUGAAUUGGCGACAAAAGACAUAAAAAUGGGUUCAAUACUAAAAGGGACAUGGCCUACUCCUAAGGAUGCAGAACAACUGUAUUUGAAAUUCAGAGUAGGGACAUACGUACCCCCCCCUCCUGCCAACAUAAAGAAGGCCUCGUUACUACAUAACAUGCAAAUUGAACUUUGUAAUGCAAAUUCUCAUCAAUCAUCGAUUUGCCUAAUAAUGCUAAAUCUCCUUUUGGUAUGGGAACUUGAUAGAAGUACAAAAGCAAAAUGAACGAGGGACACUGUACAGUCACUAAGACUAUGGUAACCACAAAAUUCCAACAAUGACUGCCUCCAAAAAUAAGUGCCCCCCCCCCCCACCCCCCAUUCUCAUUUUUGAACCUAAUAUGAUCCUUUCCUUUUUUAGGCAUUCUGUAUAGCUAUGUUGAAAACAUGUGAUACUGUUAAAUCUAUUGUAAACAGGGCUCAAGUGUUUGAAGAGGUAAUUACUUAUCAAAUAAUUCAUUCAUUGUGUCAUUAGUUGUCAGUAUUUAGAUUAUUGCAAGAUAACAAGAACCCUAGCUACAUGUUUGCUUGCAAUGCACCCCCUCCCCCCACCCCCCACCUCACGCUUGACUCCAGCUGUCCUGCAGCUUGCUUGUCUACUAAGCCUUGGGUAAGCCCGUGGAGAAGGCAGCCUAGCUACUAAAAAAAAAAUAAUCUACAAAAAAGCAAUUUAUUCCAUAACUUAUUUACAAAGUAAUGUUUGUAGAUCACAGUUCUUAGAAGACAGACUGUAGUCGAUGUUCAUGCAAAAAGUCAUUCUUUUCAUUUUCUUUCGUAUGGUAGGAAGAUUUUCAAGCGAUAACAUAUGGUUUUAAAAUGGCACCUCAAGUAACUGAAACAAGAGCAGCAGGUUUGUGAUAUUGAAGUUUCAUCAACUUUCAUCUCUAGUACUAACCUACCUUGGAAUUAUGUCAAGAGUGGGUUUCAUUUGAAUGUGAAAACCAAAUGCAAGCCUAUCAAUAAUAAGAAAACCUGACUUCAAAUAAAUAUUUAGCCUACUGCUGCAGUACACAUAAGAAUAAGGCAGUUAAUUGGGGUGGUGCUUUGGCACUACGUGUACAUUAAUAUUAUAUAAUUUCUUUUAGGAAUCUUCUCUUGUUACGAGUGACAAAGACCAUAAUUUAAGUUAAAUCCUAUGUUUCAUUUUAAUGCAGUUGAACCUCUAUGAAGCAGCCACCCUCUAUUAAGCGGGUGGUUAUCAAAGUUGCAAAAUAAUUGUAGAAAAGGAUGGGAACUUAAUCCUCUUACCCCCCCCACCCCAUUGUUGUCCUCUAUUAAGCAGCCAUCCAGGUCAAGCACUUGAUACACUUACUUUGGCUUUUUUUCAAGAAUGAUUUAUGAUGAAGGAAAAAACAUUUGUAGAUAGAUGGUGACGACCGAUUGUGGACCAGUAAUGCCACUCUUGUUGAUUGUUUGUUUCAAAAUAAAGUACUGUUUCUGUAAAGAUUAUGCUAAUUUGUGAUGAACCUCUAUUGAGCGACCAGCCUCCAUUAUGCAGCCACUUUCCAGUACCCCGACGGUCGCCUCCUAAUAGAGCUUCAAUUGUAGGUGUUUUCUUGAUCUUCAGGUAUGUUGAAAGAGGCAGAAGAUGAAGUAGGAAGAAAAAUCAAGGUAUCUAUCUUAUCAACUUACUUGAAUGCAAAGAAAUGAGAAAAAAACAAUCAGAAAUUUCUCAAUUGUUGGCCACGGAGAAGCAAAUCUUGUUGCCUGUCAGGGCGGGACUUGAAAUCAGGGCCUCUGGGUUGAAUUUGUGCGAGUUUUCCCGGCUAGAAAGAUUUUCAGAGAGUUAUACAGUGCGUACAAACCAAUUGUUAUUGUAACCUGUUCACCUAUUUAUCCUUUGGGAGUGGUUUGUUACAGAAACCUGUCGCAGUGUGUGUGUGAAACAUUUCUGUGUGCAUUGAAUGUUCGGUAUUAUAUAUUAUUUUUUGACAUUUCAGUCAUUAAAGAGUCAGUUGCGUGAAGAGUCAGAUUGCGACAUUGAACAUGUGCAGGUACAGAACGUUCAUUCUACAUUCGACAUCUCCUUAGUUGAUUCAGCGUUAAUUGAUUCCAUAGCCAUUGAACAGGCUUAGUGCUAAGAGAAUUUUCAUGACGAUGUUAUUGUUUGCAGAGUCAAGUAAAGAGUUAUGAAGCAGUGUUAGCCAGGCUGAAGUUCUAUAAAGCAUUUUACCUCGCACUUGUGUCCCUUGAAAAGUCAGAGGUGAGACCACAAGCGUGUCCAACACACAUUCAGCUUUAUUUUUGUUUACUUUGCUUCUUUUUUUCUUCUUUUUUUUCAAGAAGAACAAGUUUCAAGUUUCUUUAUUUUCUCAUAACAAAAAAGUGUCCCUUAAAUCGUUCUAUGUGCUGGCGAUUACUCUCGUAGUCUUGUACUGAUCCAAGGUAACUGGCUGUUUCCCCCAGGUUUCGUUUCGCUAACUACCCGUUCGCUAUUCUCUAACGUGUAAAUCGUUUCCCGGAGCGCUACACAUGUUUUCUACGUAUACUUCGUUCUUGCCGAGCCAUGACACGAAAACACCGAUACAAGUGAAUAUAUCUUGCCAAGAGAUCAUAAUAGGAUCUCUUGACCUUAGUGCUCUUUAAGCCAUCGGUCGGGUGUUGACGUUAGGAAUUGACCUAACACGUUAGCGAGACAACUAGAGAUGUUGACGAACAGGACGUUCGCGAAGCGACUCGCAAGGGAAACGUCCGUAAAUUUAUAUUGAAGGUCGCUAUAGAUUUGUAAGUGAUAAAAAGCCAAGCGGAUAUCAAAGUGACCUCUGUUUGCCUAGGGAUCUGGUGUACCGACUGCCAAGCAGUUACUUUGUACAGCCCGAACUCUUACUGAGCCAAUCAGAAAGACGAUUGGACUGGGAAUUCAGCCCGUGCCAACUGAAGAUAACAAACAAGGUAUAAAUCACUUGCUUUAAUACAGGCUGUGGCAUACAAUGUGAUUAAAUUGAGUUUCUAAGACCAAGUUAAACUCUCUGGCCGGCCUUCAGGUGCAGCCAAUCUUGUGAACCAAUUAAAAUUCGAUAAAAUUGAUGUAGGUCAGGACGAGAAACUGCACCCCUGACCAAGUGUGAAGUCAAGAUGGCUGGAUAUUGAUCGAGUGUUUUUCUACGUUUUUAUCAAGCGAGACAUAAAAAGUCGCAAAAAGGAAUGAGCCAUAAUCCAGCUAUCUUGACUGAACAAGCUCGGACAAUAAAAGGUUUAUUAUAUGGCCAAAAAAAUAGCUUUUCCACGGAAAAGAACACGGGAAAUCUUGGGGGCCAAAAUGGGCGCAUCUUGCCCGCUUGGGUAGCUAAUGAGAAAACAGGAUUCGCUUUAUCUUGCCCGACCGUGGAUUCAGCCGUAUAAGAAGUGGAAGUUAGAGAGAAAAGUGUUUCAAGGGUUUCUCUGUUGCAAGGGUCGUGGGUAAUGCAUGAAUUUUGGUCUUUACAAAGUGUUAGUACUGACAAAGAAGUUGCAGUCCCUUGACAACCAGAUGUUAAGCGUGAGUUGUCCUUCUUAACACAGGGAGUAUUAUGGGCUUUGAACCACUUGUCAAUCAAAGACUUCUUCCGCCAUCAUUCCCAAGGUAUACUGCAAUCUUUGGCCGAGAACAGGUAGGUCAUAAGCAUUCCCUCCUUUGCUCAAGUUUUUCGCAAGUGACGAGGGCAGAAACAGUCGCAUUUAUUACAGGCAUAACCAUUAAGGCGGAGGAGAAUUGUGGCAAAUCAGAAUUAGGCUUGCAUUGUGCGCACACGCGAGACUUGUUCUCUUGUUCAUUUAAAGGACACAGUAAGGCAGCCUGAAAAUAUUAGAAUACAACUUUCCUUGGACAACCUACACUUUUUGCAAGAAGAUGUAAAAUGUUGAAUGGGAGAAUUGGCGAACAUUUUCACCAACAUUUUCUAAAUAUUAAUAGGUUACGUUUCCACCAAUAGCGUAGCAUCAUUAAACACGACCCAUAGGACUGGCGCUCGAAAAGCCCGUGCUACCGAAAUCUAGUAGAUGAUGAUUGUAAAACAUGUUUCUCUUGCAGGCGAUUGACUACACAGAGGGGAUGGUAAAAAGAUUUCUUCACAUCUGUGAUGUGGUCAACUAUUCGUCUCUACAUAUCAUCAUCGUAUGUAUCACUUAAAACUGCCGACAUAUCUUCAAACACAUACUCAGCUACGUACUGUUUUCAAUCGAGUGAUAAACUUGAAACAAAUAUAGCUAAAGGAUUGAUCAUCAGCGUAAAGCUAACUGGUAUCCUGUUAAUCGCAUUUUUUGUUUUUUGCUUGCAGGCCUUUAUUUCGGAAUUUAGCAAAGAGCGGCCGUGUGUUUUAACACGGUCAUAUUUACAGGUGAAUAGCUUGAUUAACAAAUAAUUUGUUUUGCGAAAAGGCACAGUUCUUUAUAAUGAUUAUUAUCCUCUUCUUUGAGUAUUAUUGUACAUCUAGUCGCUUUUCCCUUUAUAUGAACUGCUUCUUGGUCCAUUUUUCGGCAAAGUUAGCCACUUUAAUAUCAUGAUCAAGUCGUCCCUCGAUCUCUGACUUUUCUGGGAAUGUGGAAGCAAAACAGUUUUUACCCUUCUUGCUUUUGGGAAACAAAAUUGAUGGCGGUAACAUCUGUUUCUCUUGUGUCUGAUCUGGGAGGCUUUUGCGCCAGCGGGAAUGUUGCCACGCUGUGUUUCCCAGAUCGACCAUGCCUUAACAAGUUGUAACCCACACUAAGUUUUUGUCUUUUUUUAAAUUUUUCAUGCAGCUUCUCGUGUGGCAAAAUAACAAUCUACUAGGAAAAGCGGAGACGAUACGGGAAGCUAUAAGGGCUUUCAACAGUCCUCCUUCUAUUGCUGAGAAGUAAGUAAAUUUAGAAAUGUGUUUGCUUCAGUUCAAAAAUGCAUUUGCAAUUUGAGUGUUGUUUUGGCCUGCUCAAUUGGAUGCAAUAAUAUAAGCUGCAGUUGAGAGAUGUAUUGAGGCUCUGGCGUUCAUGUUUGAUUUGCUGUUUUUCGUCCUUUUGCAGGUCAUCACUGAGCAGUAACCCAAAAGCGAAUGAACUUGCUGAUGCUUUUAUCAGCAGAGCUGUCAGGGUAAGCUCAAGCUUACUCACUAUUUAUUAUUCUACUGGGUGGUGUUUCAAGUUACAUUCUAGAGCCUUUCCUUUAAAACCUUGACAAAAAAGUAAAGAAUAUUUAAACGGGGUCAUUACGUACACAAAGGUGCUCUUCCUUGAUCUCGAGAGAUUGAUAGAUUUAAUGCCUAAGUUGCUAACGAUUUAAUGGUUUGAGCACUCGGUAGAGCAAAAGAAGUUAUGGAUUUGAAGUCCAGUCAGUCCAGAUUUUUGUGCGCGGCUGUAGCUUCAAUUAGCCAAGGAGUAGAUACCUUAAGAACGUCCUCAGUGCGAUUAUAAUCCCCAAAUUUAUGGAUGGGAAUGUGUUUUGUUGUUUUUUUUUUUAGCCUGUGAAGUCUAUCAUUCAUGCACUUGGUCACAAUCGUGCUCGACAGAGAGAUAAGUUAGCUCAUCUCUUGGAGGAAUUCGCUGCUCUCCAAGACGAGGUAGAUUUUAUUGCUUUGUAAAUCAAGUAAUCGAUCCUCCCUGAGCACCCACUUGAAGUGGCAGACUUGUACUGAAAUCAACCUUUUGUCUGAACUAUUAGUGAGCUUUAGCAACGACGACGGCGACGGCAUCGCGAACGUCAAAGAAGCAAUAGAUUUAUGUGCAGAACAACAACUUUGCACGUGCAUCACGCUUUUUUGUUUAUUUCUUUGCCGUCACUGCACGACCACGACGUGAAAAUGUCUAAUUUCACGUUUUAUCGAGAACGUAAACAAGCGACGACGAAUUUCUCUUUCUCUUUCUUAACUUGAGUAGUGGGGUCCCCAAGAAAUCAACCCCAGGGAAAUUCGCCUACAUUUUACAUUUUCGGCGAACCUGGAAUAAAUGCGAAAAGUUUGGAAAAACGCCUGUCGCCGUCGUCGAUGCUAAAGCUCUCCAUUUCUUGAGGAAACAGCCGACUUUUCGCCAUGCCAACACCGGUUUCCACGCGAAAUGACAUUUGUGGAACGAGCGCAGAAAUUCUAUACUGAUGACACGUCACUACCCAGAUCCGAGUUGUACUUCUGAUUCAGGGAUGAAGCAAAUUUUCAACCAGUCAGAAGCACUACCCAGAUCUGGGUAGUAACGCGUCAUCAGUAUGAAAUUUCUGCGCUCGUUCCUCAGACUUCAUUUCGCGAAAAAAAAAAACAGUUGUGGCGAUGCGACGAUGCGACGAUGUCGGCUGUUUUCUCAGGCUAUCUGAAUUCCUUUUAAACUGCAUUCUUUGAAAUAAUAAUUAAUUUUACAGAAUUAACGUGAAUUGUUUGCUUAUACCCAAUUGUGUUUAGGCAGAUAAAGUGGACGCUCAGCUUCAUAGCUUACUAAUCAAGGUUGAGCCUCAGGUAGGAAUCGAAUGUUAACGCUAUAUGUAGAAAUUAGCCAUCUGCGUCGGUUUUAGUUUUCUUAGCCUAGUAAAGCACGGGCGGAAAAAUUGACGAGGAAAAAAGUUGAAUAAAAUUGUUGUUGUUUAUUAUUAUGAUUACUAUAUCGCGUGUUACAUUAAAUUCUCAAUGCUCUUAUAAUAUCAUAAAAGAUUGAAAAAUUUAGUCAGAAAUUUAUAAAAAUUCAAGAUAAUAAAAAGUAACUCUUCAAAUCCUAAUUAAACCUCAAAAUUACUUUUUAAAUGAUUCAGCAGAGGGGGCGAUAGUUUAAAGACAUCAAACGGACAUGGCGAAACACAGUAGGGUAACAUUCUAGGUGUCUUCUCGUGUAAUGGCCGACUUGGCUUUUUCAUAUUUCUUCCAGCGUCAACACUUUGCAUGUUUUGGUUCAUGGGUGCUGUACCACACUCUUAACAUCAUGAUUCAAUAUCUGUUGUCUGGAUUUGAACUGGAACUGUAUAGCCCACACGAGUAUCAUUACGUGUUUUGGUGAGUGAGUAAGCAAUGGUUCGUAAUUGCCAUGAUCCACAGCAAACAUGGGUUUCGACUAAACCUUUGGUCGGGUCCAGAGUAAAAGACUACUCCAAGGUCAGUAAGUCACCUUUAUUACACAAAAAUUAAACCUUUAUCCAGUCAAAACCCAUGUUUCCUAUACGUAGCGUACGGUAUUUUUCAUAAAAAAGUAAAUGUGUAAAUGUGACCAAGGGCGGGUAAAAUGCUGGAGGUUGCAUAAAAAUCGUGUAGAGCGUGUCUUUCAUUUUCCAGGCUCAACACUGCUGGCGUUUAUAAUCGAUUGGUCAGUUUUUCACUGGCUUGAAAAACGAUCUGAAAUUACUGAUCUAUUAUGUCGGGUUACAUCAACUCUCGGCUGUCUUUGGUAGUCGCAGGAAUUUCCAGCUUUUUAGAGAGGCUUUAAUAUUGCUUUCAACUUUGACCCUUUUGCUUUUUUAGGUACCUCGAGUUCCUUUUUGGUUGGCACAUGACUUGUCUUAAUCGUGCUGAGAAGUUGCUGCAGGCUCAAGAAACAGCUUUAGGUUACCGUUAUCUGUUUUUUUCUUCUCAUGUUUCUCUUCCUUUACCCAGGAGUUUCAAUAGAAAUUGAAGUUAUCAACAGUCCACGUUUUCAAGGGGUGUCAGGGGGCAUGCUUCCUCAGAAAAUUUUAAAAUUGCAAAGCUCUAAUGAGCGAUUUCCAGCGUUUAGGGGACUAAACUGAGUAUAAAAGAGGAAGGUUUCCAUUCAAGGAGAUUUGGGUUUUUGUCAACUUUUGAUUUAUUAGCCACACAAUUAACUCCUGCAAGCAAUGAACAAAUGAUAACUAUACUACGUUAUAUACAUUUCCGCGAGAACAAAGUAUAUUUUUGUUCAUGACAUUAUUCAAACUAGUUGCUUCUUUUUAGAAGGAAAAAGUAGCCGACUUCUCUGAGCAAUGUAGCCGACGAGUUUCGUCGGUGGUCGGUGCUUAUGGAGACCCCUGUUUACCCCUACUAUGUUUAAGCUUUAGCCCCUUGAUCAAUUUAUAGUCAGCUUUUGGCUUCUACCUCAACCCUGGCCAGAAUUGUUAUUUCCUCGACAAAUGAGUUCAUUUGCUCUUGUCUUAAAUUCUCUUUUGAAUAUCAAGAUAACAUGUUUUGUUCAUUUGUUCAAAAUGUUUUGUUCCUCUCCGACUCUUUAAUGUCUAAAACGGUCCUGGUUGUCCUAAAACGAAGUUUGUUUCUGUUUUUGUAGAACAAAAAAGUGGUCGAAGUGGUAAGAAAAACAAGAAGAAAAAGAAAGGUAAGUGUCAUCUUCUCCUCUCUUAAUAUCUCUCAAUUCUUAAAACCUUUGAAAACUGUACUUAUCCGUGAAAAACGGACUCGUUACACGAAGUCUUUCCUAAGUGAGAUGACCCAGACUCUGCCUAUAAGGGCCUGUUUACAUGAAGGUGGGGGACUCCAGGUAGGUGAGGUAACAUGUGGCGGGUUACCCCACCUAACAUGUAAAUGUGAUCACAUUAAUAUGAGAGAUUGUAUGGACAGGCGGGUUACCCCACCUAAGCGGGUUACCUUACCUACCUGGGGUCCCCCACCUCCAUGUAAACAGGCCCUUGAGGGACCAUGCCACGCUUAAAGCUAUGCGUGUAGAAAUCUUAUCACCAAAAAAACUAUUAUUGUCCGUGUCCCCUGAUCAAAUUUUGCCAGUUUGAUAUCUUCUUCGUAACUCUACAGGACCAUUCUGAGUAUACGCACUAGCGCGGACUCCUCAAUAAUGGCUUCAUCUCGGAAUUGGCUUAAAACGGUAAUAUCCUGGUGGCAUAGCCCCUUCCGCUUAGUUAUCUGUCUUGAUCGUUGUUUGUCUUAUUCUUGACAGCAAGUGAAAAAGCCAUUCAGGAACAUCAGGGAAUGUGGCAUUUGUAUCAAGGAAUGAGACACUUGUGUCAAGGAUAUCUUAGGGUAUGAAAUGUCUCUUUGAUUCUUUUGUUGUUGCACUACUUUUAACAUGCAAAUAUGGAGUACUUUAACGACACCACUGAAAACUGCUCUCAGUUGUUAGGAACAACUUUUUUAGUCUUUUUUCACGAAAUUUAUUUCCGUUUUAACGAUGUCCUUAAAAUGGACGAGAUGGUUUAUCUUAAUUUUAUAGAUGUUUCGAAAGUACAUAGUUUGAAACAGAACCAUUUGAUUCGGCGAUUUGUAUAUAUGUUGCUCGGCUUAUCGAUUGAAACUGUUUAAAACACGUCACAGUGUCUAUAUCUUUCUGUGAGACGUUUAUUACACUAAAUAUCCUAGAAGCUUAUCUGUUUUAUCUUCCUCACAAAUACGAACAUAUAAACCCAUUUGAACUGUCUUAUAAUCAUGUCAUAUGUAAAUAGUUAAGAUAUUUUUAUUGUUUCUAUGGUAGUAGUAGUGUUAAUUAUUUGUUGAUUGUUAAUUUAUAGCCCUUUGAUUCAGUUAAUUCUGCAAUGUGGCAAAUAAACGGUAUAUUUAUUCCUAUUUUUAUUUUAUUAUAUAUUCCCAGGCACUUGAAGGGUUUGAGCUUCAGGAGAAGACGAGAAAACCCGAGGAUAAAUUUGGAUCGGAAAAGGUAUGCAGUUGAUAACAGUACUUUGCAAUUUCUAAAGCAAGCUAAGCAGUAUUGAAAUUGUCUUUUGAAACGUGGUUCCUUGACGCCGUCCUUACGUAAGACAAUGAGGAGCUUUAACAUCUACCACGGCGAUGGCAGCGAAAACGGAAAACAGGAAGUGAAUUCGCGCUGGUUCAAGCUUCGAAUAUUUCGCUCCUACUCGACCUACUCCAUCCACAGGUAACCCAGGCUCUGUGAUAGUACCACAGUACGGUUCCAGUAAAAUUACAGUGUUUGUAUGGGGUAAAAAUAUCAUCCUAAAAUUUCUAGGAAAUACUAAAUAAAGAUCAAUGAAACUUACUCUGCAGUUAAUUGUUGUUGUCCUUAUUGCUCCAACGAAGUUUCGUGAUAAUUUGCAGUAAUUUGUUCAAAUUCACUCUAUCUACAAUAAUAAUAUACAAGGUAGGAAACACGAGGUGCCAUUUUCGCCGACAUGCUCUCAUUCAACACAACUUUUUCCACGAAAUUCGAGCUCCAACGGAAAGUAAACAUGCCAGAAUCGUAGAAAUAGGAUAGCAGCAGAUAUAGAAACCAAUGAAACUUUCCCAGAUAGAGAAACGAAUCCCACAGACUUGGACAAACUCGAAGAAUAUAAUCCAAACACACCGAGAAUACGCUCGCCGAAGCAGCCGGGCCAGAUCAACGCGCGGCCAAGAAAAUGAGGCCUGGGCACUGUACAAAAAAAUUCCAUCCCGGGGGUCCUGGGGUGACCUUUCUAGGGACCGAUACAUCAUUUGCCCAAGGCCACCCUCCCCUGCUGGAAAAAUACUUGAUAGAAGGCAAUUGUUCUUCCUAGCCAAUCACUAUGGCCUGUUAUAAAGAGAUUAUUUUCCUCUCGAACUAUAUUCAGCUCCUGGCGCUGGUCCUCAGAAAGUUUAUCAAACAUCAAUAGGGCAAGGUUAUAAGGGCAAAGGAAAGAACAACGAAGGACGAUUUACAAAACUUAAAACGAGCUACAGAUAUAAGUGAGUUUUGGCUCUUACCGAGGCAUUUGUACAACAGGACCAAAUUCAAAGAGAGGUGUAUCACGAUGAUUCACAUAUUUAACCGAUAGAGCGUUCACUUGUAUUGACAAGAAGUCGGCGUGUUACUGCCGCAUUAAUCGCUAAAUAUGUUAAUCGCGCUCGUUCUUUGUUUACUAGUGCACGUGCCUUUCACAUUCGUCUCAGUAAUCGCAAUUCAUAUUCUGUCGCAAUUUUCUGUAUAAUUUUUGACAUUAGUUUGUAAGCUUCACCGUUUAUUUACGAUAGUUUCGCUCGAGAUUUCACAGCAACAGUAUCUCAGCCAUCAUCUACCUUUUGUUCAACCUUGUUUUUAGCCCGCCUUGUAAGCAUUUCGCGUUGUUAUUUCAUUAGUUUCAUUACUGUUAUUUGCAUCCCUUAGUAAAAGAAAUGGGACGCCUUGUAACUCCGCAGACUCUCCUGAUUAUAUUACUUUUUUUUAGCCAUUUAAAUUCAGGCGCGUGUGCGGGGUUUGCUCCGGCAAAUAGUGAUUGGCUAGGGAGAACAAUUGCCUUCUAUCAAGUAUUUUUCCAGCAGGGGUGGGUGGCUUUGGGAAAAUGAUGUAUCGGUCCCUAGAAAGGUCACCCCAGGACCCCCGGGAUGGAAUUUUUUUGUACAGUGCCCAGGCCUCAUUUUCUUGGCCGCGCGUUGAUCUGGCCCGGCUGCUUCGGCGAGCGUAUUCUCGGUGUGUUUGGAUUAUAUUCUUCGAGUUUGUCCAAGUCUGUGGGAUUCGUUUCUCUAUCUGGGAAAGUUUCAUUGGUUUCUAUAUCUGCUGCUAUCCUAUUUCUACGAUUCUGGCAUGUUUACUUUCCGUUGGAGCUCGAAUUUCGUGGAAAAAGUUGUGUUGAAUGAGAGCAUGUCGGCGAAAAUGGCACCUCGUGUUUCCUACCUUGUAUAUUAUUAUUGUAGAUAGAGUGAAUUUGAACAAAUUACUGCAAAUUAUCACGAAACUUCGUUGGAGCAAUAAGGACAACAACAAUUAACUCGUUUUCAAUUUUAUUUAGUAUUUCCUAGAUUUUAGGAUGAUAUUUUUACUGUAAUUUUAUUUAAAAGACUGUAUCUGAGUUCAGGAAAAGAAAAGCUACUUUUUUUAUUUGUGUUCCCGUCCCUCAUAUACUGAACGUGAAAUUAGGAAGUUUCACGCCGUAUUUGUGCAACAACGGCAAAGAAAUGUAAACAAGCGCGAAGCACGUGUAAAGGUGUUGUUUUGCUAAAAUAAACCAAUUGCGUUUUUGCCGUCGUCGUCGCUAAAGCUCCCUAAUUGUAUUUCCAAUGGUGAGAGGAAAGAGGUCUCCCUCCUUGAUACCGUUAAUAGAGCGUUUUGUGGUUGUUCUCUUGAAAACGAUUUUAUUACGAGCGUUGUUACAACUACCGGUUAAGUUGGCUUCUUGUCACGCCAAUGUAUUUGACCGAAGGAUUUGCACAUCUGUAACUUUAACGCAGAGUGGAGUAAGAAAAUUCUAGUUCUCCUUUACUGUUUCGAUGAGCUAUCUGUCUGUCCUCAAACUCUUCCUCGCAGUUUGGAUGUAAAAACUUCCGGGAUUUGGUAGUAGGUUCCUGGCCUUUUAAAAAGAAGACGUAGGCACAGAAAGAAGGCAGGUGUCACGCAAGCUCCCCGCCCCCGCGUGAUUCCGGCCCGAGCGGCUGCGAAGGAGACUAGUAGCCUGCGAGCAAGCUCUCCUAUUUGGGCGAGUUAAACGAGUCUCGCCCCUCGCUCGCGCGUUCUCGCGAGGCUCGCUUCGCUUGCCCAAAUAGGAGAGCUUGCUCGCAGGCUAGGAGACUAGAAGAAGGCAGUAUUGUAGGGUUUUUAGCAUUUUGUUUUCCUGCGUAAUUCAUAGCUUGGGUUCCCCAUUUCUCUCUAGGCUUUGCCGCUAGUUCGCGUGCACUCGCAACCAAACCACCAGCUACGAAACUAGCAUUUUGCCUUCACAGCGAACGGUAAUAAUUUUCUUUUACACAGUUGCGGUUUGAGCGUCGUUUCCUUCCAUUUCAAACCGUGGAUACUCCUCAGCCCAUGUACUAUGGACACUAUAGAGAAUACAGCAACAUGUCAAAGAUGAACGCAUCACAGGUACGUAAACAGUGCAUCUUGUAGCCUGCGAAAUCAGCCUCGCCCCUUGCUCCUCGCCGCCAGGAUUCCUUCCUGGCAAAACGUCCCCAGCGGCGAGGAGAGACGAUCGAUUUCGCAGGCUAUGAAUCUUGCGAUAAAUGCCAAUGAAAAAAUCUUUGCUUUCCCUCUAGGGUGUCUUGCAGUCGACUUGAAAAGGAGGAAAGAGAAUUGCAGUUUUUGAUGGCCUCUUUAGUCCAUCAUGUCGCUAAAAGUCUGCUAAACCCUUUACUGUCUCUUAUAAUUUGUCAGGUCUUAUCCCAAGCAGACAUAUCCGGGAUUGAACGCAACUUUUAAACUUUUCGAACCUCUUCUGCCAUAUCUUUCAGGUGCAAAAAAGGUCCUUUUUUUAUUUUAUGUUGCGAUUUUCAAAAUUAUUUGUAAAUGACAAAAGUUAGGUAACUUUUGCAGGCCCGAUGCUUGAAAUAAUUUAGGCCUUGGCCAAACGUCGAACUUUUCAAGAAACGAACCAACAACAACAACAAGAUAACCAAACUCUAAUUUGGGUUGACCUAAAUUUAUUGGGUCAGACGUCGGAAUAAGAACGCGUAGAACCAAUCAACUGAAUUAGAUCAGUAAUAAAUUUUCUCCCAAACGAGGCUAUAUAUAUAUAUAUUAUCAUACAAUUUUUUAAUAAUUUAUUAGUUUAGUUCGUUACAUUUGACGAUCGACUUUUUCCCGGAGACGAUUUUCAGCCGCUCUACCCGUAUUAUUAUUAUUGUUAUUAUUAUUAUUAUUAUUAUUAUUAUUACUAUUAUUAUUAUUAUUAUUAUUUUCAGAGUACAAGCCUGUUUGUGAUGGCGUCUAAUUCUUUCCAGCAAGCGAAGUCGAUAUUUGAGGUGGUGAAUAAUGUGCAUACCGAGGUAAAGUGUCUCGGGUGAAAAGACUUUUUAAGCCUCUUAGUCUAACUCUUUAUUCAGUUUGUUCUAAAAACGAACGUUUCAUUGUUUGCAUUAACAUGGAAAAAGACGGUGUUGUCUUUCAGGUUGCGUUGUUGCUGAAGGUGACGAAGACGAAUCUUGUCGUUACCAAGCUUGCUGCUGGAGGUCAUAAACACGAUUCGAAGGUACUGCUAGAUACCCGGGGGGGGAGCGUACUCAACAAAGUUUUAAACGGAGAGGAUCCUCUCAGAGGCCCCACACCUUUUCCCUUUAAAUACCAUUUGUGGUAUAAAAGGAACCCCUUUCGAGACAAAUGGUACCCCUUUCACAUACCUUGUGUUUUUAACUGCUGUAAAUGUACUAAAUUUUAAAUCUGAAUAAAGCACAAAACCAGAACGUUUUAUCGACUUUUUCACAGCCAUAAAAUCCUUCUUUUAGGCCUUUUUAUAGGCUCCCUAUUCUGCCAUCGAUGUGGCCGCUUGUGUCGUUCUAUGCUUUUUCAUUAUCAGAGCGCCAUUUUUGUGUAGUAUUGGCCCCAUUACAGUAACUGUAAUCUGCUUUCAGUCCAGAAAGAGAAAAAGGUUUAAGUCAGUCUAGAGUCAGUCCAGUUAGCUGACUGGCAUCUUACUUCUUCACAGAAUCCCCCAGAGUUUGAUUUCCAGUGUCACCGCGCUUUUCCAAUCAUCAAGCUCAAGUGAAAGGUAAAGGAGAUAUUAUGGAGGGGAAAGUCAAACUUAAGUGAACUUACAAAGCAACUUCGCGCAAAAUACAGAUGAUGGUAUAGCGAACUGCCACCUGCCAAGCUACAUAAUGACCGUCUCUGAUUGCAUUUUGGAGUUGUCUGUUUUAAGACGGAGUGGAGUGGAAGAGGGGACAGCAGUCUAACAGAGUGGAAUCUACGUGCAUUUUGACCGUUGCAACCACAAAACUAUCAGAGUACAAACAUCGAAAAACAUUCUCUAAUAUUUCGAGUGCUACGAGUCUCUACUUUUCUUCCUUUUGUUUUGCAUCAAACUGCAGUACGAACAGAACAAGUGACCAAUUCCCUUACGCCCAAGUGAAUAGCUUGGAGAACUGAACCCUUCCUCCUUUUUUGUAGUCCGUCUCAACGUUAGACGUAAAACAAGUGAAUAAAACUAUAUGAUAGUUAUUUGACACGUCC